AUGGACCCGAAUACAGUAGAGAAACGAUUUUUGAAAGUUAACAGAGCAUUUGGCAUAAUAACCGGUGUGUGGCCGUAUCAAAGUGCUCGAUCUAAAUUAAUGGGACGAAUCAUGACUGUUACUGUAAUAUCUACUUCUAUUCUUACCCAGACCGCGUUUCUUAUAUCGUUCCCAAGUCUGGAUGGUGCAAUAAUGAGCAUGCCUUAUUACAUCUUGGUGCUUGGAUCGCUCGUGAAAAUGGGUAACUACUUUCUGGACGAAAUGAAGCUAACAUCGUUGAUAAACAACAUAUUCGAUGACUGGGCUGCGAUAAAGUCGAAAGAGGAGUACGACAUCAUGGUCACAUAUUCGCAAAGAGGGCUGUACAUCACGAUAAGCUACUUCCUGCAUGUUUUGGCUACUGGUAGCUUAAUGAUUUCUUGGCCAUUCGUAUCGACCAUCUUGGAUCUCGUUAAGCCUUUAAACGAGUCGCGAGGACAUAUGUUAAUUUAUCCAGCCUAUUAUUGGCUAGAUGAUGAAAAAUACUACGUGCUUAUAUUAGGACAUAUGAUUAUUAUCUUGUUCAUGCUCGGUUGCAUAUACUGUGCUUGUGAUACCAAUUAUGUAUACGCUGUGCAACACGCUUGCGGCUUGCUGGCCAUCGCCAAACAUCGGUUCACAACCGUAAAUAAAAAUUUGCCCGAUUCUUACCAGAAGAAUAAUUCGAGAUUAUUGGAGAAAGUGAGGUAUGAAAACGUAUGUAAUUCGAUCAAGGCACAUCAACACGCUAUGAAGUUAGUAUUAUUAUUUAUGAAUUGCCAAAUAUGUCAUUUAACUAGAAUAGUACCUUUCAUUGCGAAUCCCGAAGGCGUUUAA